AUGUACCAACAGGGAGUCCGGUGCCACGAGAAAUUAAAUAUGGCUACGAGUGGUUCCGGUGCGGUGUUCUUUUUAGGCACGCGAGCGCAUUAUCAGGUACUAAACCAACCCGAAUCUCAGUACGACGCGGAGAAUGGCAACACUUCAACUGAGACCAUAUACCAGAACCCGUCCGUCCAAGAGUUGUGGCCGGAACAGAAGCGGGAUGACAAUGAGAGAUGGGGUUACUGCGAACAGGAAGUCAAUUUGUCAGAUGAGAGGGAGAGAUCGGACAGCUUACUGCGCUCGCGCCGCCGACAGAGUACAGCGGCUCUGUGCGAAGGAGAUGACAUGAAACCCGCACUACUCAACUCUGUGGGCAACAGUGGCCCGACAAAAUGUCCAAAAGGCCGCGGUACCCUUCUGACGCUGCUCUGGUCUCUGGCCCGACGCAAGCGACGAGGCAUCACCAACGACGAACUCUACUUGCGGCACAUCGACAGCGCACUUACUAACAACUGCACUUACAGGGAGAGCUGUCGGUGUUUGGAGUGCCAGAGCCGUUACUUCGAGUGUGAUGACGAGAGCGAGGACUACAGUUCUGAAGACGACAGCUACGUGCCCCGGUACGUUGUGGAAGCCAUGGAGGCGCACCAUCACCUGCCCGAAUCUGAUGAUGAUGAGGUUUUCGUUGACACAGUUCCCGGGGAUAAUACAUCCACAGACAUGUUGUUGGAUGACAAGAAGAUGUCAGUGUCAUCCGAUGAACCAGUUACGGAAACGGAUGCUGACGCCGAAGAUAAACUUCAGCUAGAGGUCGCUGCCGGCACUCCGGUGUUGUUGAAUUAUUUGUUGACCCAUCCUAUUACAUGCAGCAUACAAUAG